AUGCUCACAGAAGACCAGAAAAAAAGCGAAGAAGGAACUAAACUUCUUGAAGUAAGCAUUGAGAACAUGAGAAUUGGCACACGAAGAUACGCUAGAAGGCAAAACAAGAUGAUCAGAGGGAGAUUUUUGGGACAUCCUUCGAGAGAGGUUCCUACAAUUUACGAAUUAGAUACAACAGAUUUAACCAAAUGGAAUGAAGAAGUAAAAAACAAAGCUAUUCAAAUUAUAGACAGUUACAUAACGGGACAAACUUGCUGUUUUGAACCUUUGAAAUCUAACAUUACAGAAGAAAAGAAACUGAUUGAUGGGAAUUCACGAAAUUAUUGUGAUGUGUGUAAUAGACUCAUUUUAGGAGACAAAACCUAUGAAAUCCAUUUGCAAUCAUACAAACAUAAAAAAGUUUUGAAAAAAAAAAUGGACCAAAAGAAUACAAUAGAACAAAAGGAUUCUUCUACAGUUGAAAAUUAA